CUCACAUGAAACCCUGCGCUCAGCAUAGGUUUAUAAAAAGGCGCAAUGGAGCUCACAGCCUCAACAGUCACCGACACCCACUGGACUAAUAUCUGAGGUCCUGACCCACCCGGCACCUGGAGCUGUGCCACCUGCAGCUGCGUGUGUUUGAACCUUCAACCUCUGGACCUGUGUUGACACUUCAAUACGAAGCUCAGACACCUAUAACUCUCUUCAUCGUACCUCAGAGAUGGACGUCGAGUCUCUCCAGAAAAGUGGCCGCGGGCGCAGCAGCUGCCUGAACGUGUUCCUCGUCGCGUCCGUCAUCUUUCUGUUCGUGGCGGUGGCUGCUGUGGCUGCUGGAGUUGUCUUAUUGGUGAUGAACAUGGACUCCAAAAAGGAGUUACCCAACUUUGACCCUGAGGCAGUAAAGAGAACAGGACACUCUCCUUAUCCAGAAAGCAAGAUGCAGAAAUUUGCAUACCUGGAAUUCAAGUCAAGUCAUUUGGAGAACGGCCUCAUGCCAUGGGCUCCAGUCAAAUACGGUGGUAGUGAGUCUGUGGGGAGCAACUUCCAGUUUGUCUCACAGGAUCAGCCGCUGAAGCCACAGCAGGUCGGGAUCUACUUCAUGUACAUUGAACUGAACUUCACCUGCACCUUCAGGUGUGACCCAGCCCACCUCAGCGUGCGCGUGGGCGAUGAGCUCACAUGUGAGGUGCAGCUUCCUAAUGUGACAGAUAACAGGCCAGUGACCAGGAAGUGCUGGACAGUGAGCCAGGUGAACGGACAGAGUCCUCAAGCUCAGAUGACAAUAGCAAAGAGCGGACUAGAGAACUGGAAGCUCGAGCUGAAGGGCUCGGGAUUUGGGAUGUUCCUCAUGGACUAAUAUGGACGUUGUGGUUCAACAUGGUCAAAACAUCAACACCAGUUUGUGUUUCUUUCAAGUCCAAGCAGAUGAAAAUGGGCAAGAGCUGGUGCCAUUUUCAAAAUGAAAGUUGUAAAUGAAGCUUAGCAGGCAGAUGCAAUCUCAGCAGAAGUCACAGUCCCAAUAAGGCAAACAGGAAAAGACUAGACACUCAUCUUAUUGUCUGUAAAUAUGUGUGACACUGUAUGUGAUAUAUUUAUUUAAUGAUACUGAAGUAUUUAUGGACUUAUAUUUAUGAUAGUGUUGCCAUUUUUCCUAUGGAAAUGUAUUUUCAUGUAUACACUACAUUCAUGUUGACGUGCAAUACACUGCACUAUUAAGCAAUAAUAAUAGUAAGCACUUAAUACAUUUGUAAAAGUCUGGGAGCGUAAGGUUGAGGCUUACAGAAAUGUGUGAUUAUAAUUAUGUUCUACAUCAGGGACCUCAAUUAGAUCUACUGGAGUUAGGGCUUGUUAUCUCUUCUGGCAAAUUAUGAGUCAUGAAUGAGGCUGCACUUAAAAUAAAUGUUGCAUAAACAAUCGAUCCUGAUCAAAUCAUGAGCAGAAUUAUUAAUAUAUAUAUAUAUACAUGUAUAUAUGUGCACUAUGCACUAACUACACAUAGUUGAAUGUAUUUUUUUUACUGUAAUUCAUGUUAAACAUGUACAUUAAUAUAGAUGUGGUGAGCACUGAGUUCAUUAUAAAUUGAAAAGCAGAGAAUAACAAUUGUGAAAGUGGAAUCUAUGAAUUGUUUAUAGGUAAGGGAAAGUUACAUUCCAUUACCGGGAACUGGCUGACAUCACUUCCUGUUUGUUUACCAUACAUGCUGUUAUGAGGAAAAAGAACAACACUGGAAAACAGCAGAAGACGCACUUGCCUCCUUUCUUUUUUUGUCCAAGCUGUAAAGCUAAAUGAAAUAAGAACAUUUUGUAAUUAGAUAUAGUCAUGUCUCUGUGUGUGGCUGGGCGUGGGUGUGCGUGUGCCGUCACAACUUCAAAGGGUUGUUGAUGGUUAAGACUUGAUUUACAGUUAGAGUUAGGUUUAGCUUGGUUAGUGUUGGUGUUAGACAUGUAUUUGUAAACACAAGGUUAAGGGUAAAUGCAGUAUAUUAAAAAGUGUCCUCAA